AUGGGUUCCGUACAAGAUCGAGAGCCUAUUGAUAUAGCGAUCGUCGGUGGAGGGAUUGGCGGGCUCGCUUUAGCUAUUGGCUUGCAACAACAUGGCCAUAUCGGAAUCAAAAUCUAUGAGGCUGCCUCUAAGUUCUCCGAGAUUGGGGCCGGCGUCUUCUUUGGUGCCAAUUCUAUUCGGGCCAUGAGCCUUAUACACCCGACUGUUGGAGAGGCCUACUCUAGAAUAUCGACGAGCGUAGGCUGGGAGUCAAAGAAGGAUACAUACUUUGAUUUUAUACUUGCACACGAGCUUCAUGGCCUACCUACUGGGACCCACAUCAUAUCCCCCAAAUUGUCGGAGACUGAGCGCCACAGCACGGCUCACCGUGCCCAUUUCGUGGACGAGCUCAUCAAACUUGUGCCUGGAAGCAUGGCCGAGUUUGGCAAGAGAUUGACAGACCUUUCACGGGAUGAGAAUAGAGGCAAAACUAUACUCAAAUUUGCUGACGGCACUACCGCAGAAGCGGACGCGGUUAUUGGAUGUGAUGGCAUUCGGUCCGUAUGCAGGGAGUUUGUGCUGGGAAAAGGCAAUCCCCUCUCCCAGCCGACGUUCACAGGGAAGCAUGCCUAUCGCGGGCUUAUACCAAUGGACAAAGCUAUUGCUGCCAUAGGAGAAGAGAAGGCCCAGAACCGCUUCAUGUUUAUUGGCAAAGGGGGGCAUGUGCUCACUUUCCCCGUAGCUAAUGGCGAUGUAAUGAAUGUCGUUGCAUUCAGCACGACUAAGAGUGGAGUGUGGGAGGGCGAAUGGGUUAAGCGAAUGGAACGGAAAGAUUUAGCAGCCGACUUUGGGGGCUUUGGGGAGGAAUGUCAAAAGAUAUUUUCGCUCAUGGAGAGUACCGACCACUGGGGAAUCUUCGAUCUUUCCCCGGAAUUCCCAACGUAUUCGUCCCAAGAUCUCCGCCUCCUGCUCCUGGGCGACAGCGCACACGCAUGUGCUCCUCAUCAGGGGGCCGGUGCCGGCCAAGCAUUGGAAGACGCGUAUAUCCUCUCCCACGUCCUCGGCGAGUGUCGCUCGGCAUCUGAUCUUCUCGCCGCAUUCAAGGCUUACGAGAGUGUGCGCAUGCCACGGGCCAAAUUUGUCCAGAUCCAUGGGCGCCGACAAGGAGAACUGUUGGAUCUGCAGAGACCUGAUAUAGGGGACGAUCUUGAGAAGUUAAAGGCCGUUAUUGAUGUCCCAAUCAGAGAGAUUUGGAACUGCGAUUUGGGUGCAGAGUUAGAGAAGGCAUUGGCAGCGAUGAAGGCAGAAUUGGGGAAGGAAGGAGCAGAAAAGCGACCGGCUAUAUGA